CGAGUCUUGAAGUGUAAUCAUCGUGCAUGCAUUUUGGUUCCUCUUUCUUUCUCCUAUCUUAUAUUUCUGCAUGCACACGCCUCCUUUCUCUCUCUCUCACUCUCUCAGAUUCACCCCUCUUCUCUCUCCGGUUACCGUCGUCCAUUCAAAUCUCUCUCCGGUUCCUCUCCUCCGUUCAGGUUCCGAUAACCUUCCGAUCACACUCCAUUCCUCUGCCACCGCGUGAAUGCGAAUCCCAAACCUCACCACUCGCCGCCCCUCCUCCGCUUAAAAAUUAACUUCCGGCGACCGGAACUUCCCCUCGCGAACUUCCGGCGACCGGAGGAACCACUCGAGCUUCCUCUCCGGCUUAAUUUCGAGUCUGUGUGGAAUUGGAGUUGUAAAUGGAGUCAAGGAGCUGCAUGAACGUGGCGUGCGCCACCUCGACGACGAUUCGGUGGCGCAAAGGCUGGGCCCUGCGAUCCGGCGAAUUCGCCGAUCUCUGCGAUAAGUGCGGUUCUGCUUAUGAGCAAUCAACGUAUUGUGAUAUGUUCCACUCAAAUGAUUCUGGUUGGAGAGAAUGCACUUCAUGUGACAAGCGUCUCCAUUGUGGAUGCAUUGCUUCUAUGUCUCAGCUUGAAUUAUUAGAUACUGGUGGUGUAAGCUGUAUAAGCUGUGGAAGGAAUUCAGGACCGCAACCUAUUGCAAGCAAUGAAAAGCCUAAUGGAUCUGGGACAUCAAAAGUACAAAAUGUCAGUACACAGCAGCAGUGCACAUCUCUGGCUAACCAAUUAACUGUGAGGGGUAUGCAAGUAGGGCAUUAUGCAGAGAAUGAUGAGCUUCAGUGCUGGUUCAAAACUCACAACGUUGAAACAGAUGGGCCUUUUGCAGAAAUGAAACCAGAAAUUUUACCCUCAGUUGGAGAACUUGGAAACACAUUGAUAUCACAAUUUCAUUGUGAGUCUAAUGGAUCGUCUAAGGCUUCCAAAGCAGAGAACUGUAAGCCAGAGACAGAAAUGCGAGAUAUAUAUGAAUCAUUGGCACAGACAAAUUUGAGUAUGACCCUUGCUGCUCCUUUAGGAAAUUCAAAUCCCUUUCAUAGUGCUGUUGUUGAUGAAAGGGAACAAAGUAAAACAUCUCCACUUUUAUUGGGGUCAAGGUCUCACCAUCUUUUACCUAAGCCUGCUAGGUCAACUAUUGGGACAAGCUUAGAAGCAAAUGCUGGCAUGGUAUCGCAGAUUCGUGUAGCAAGACCACCUGCUGAAGGACGGGGAAGGAAUCAAUUGCUUCCACGUUAUUGGCCUAGGAUUACUGAUCAAGAGUUGCAACAAAUAUCAGGAGAUUCAAAUUCUACAAUCGUGCCACUCUUUGAAAAGAUGCUUAGUGCAAGUGAUGCUGGUCGAAUUGGUCGCUUGGUUUUACCAAAAGCAUGUGCUGAAGCAUAUUUCCCUCCAAUCUCUCAACCAGAGGGCCUUCCUUUACGAAUCCAAGAUGUGAAAGGAAAAGAAUGGAUGUUUCAAUUUAGAUUUUGGCCAAAUAAUAACAGCAGGAUGUAUGUUUUAGAAGGUGUAACCCCCUGCAUUCAGUCUAUGCAAUUGCAAGCUGGAGAUACUGUAACAUUUAGCCGUAUGGACCCUGAGGGGAAACUUAUAAUGGGGUUUAGAAAGGCAACAAAUUCUACUGCAGUACAGUUACAAAAGGGAUGUUCAGAAACCCACCUAAAUGCGCUGUCUAAAAAAUGGAACUCAGCUGGUGGUGACAUGAGUUGGCAUAACAUUGACAUGCCUGAAAGCAGAAAAAGAGAUGAGUUGCCGUUGCCACCUGUGAUGGUUCCUGAGAAGAAAAGAACUCGGAAUAUUGGGUCAAAAAGUAAGAGGUUGCUUAUUGAUAGCCAGGAUGCACUGGAGCUGAAACUUACUUGGGAAGAGGCUCAAGAUAUGCUCCGUCCACCUCCUACUGUUAAGCCAAGCAUUGUCAUGAUCGAGGAUCAUGUAUUUGAAGAAUAUGAAGAACCUCCUGUCUUUGGAAAGAGGAGUAUAUUCGUAGUUCGAUCAACUGGGGUAAACGAGCAGUGGACGCAGUGUGAUAGUUGCUCAAAAUGGCGGAAGUUGCCUGUUGAUGUACUUACUCCCCCAAAGUGGACAUGUGUGGAGAACUUAUGGGAUCAGAGCAGGUGUUCAUGUGCUGCUCCCAAUGAAUUGAACCCAAGGGAACUGGAUAAUCUUCUGAGGCUGAAUAAAGAAUUCAAGAAACAAAGACUGGCAGCAAGCCAGAGACUGGCCCUGGAACAUGAAUCUUCAGGACUGGAUGCUUUGGCAAAUGCAGCAAUACUGGGUGAUGAUGCAAGUGACUCUGGCAGGACAUCAGUUGUUAGCACCACAAAACAUCCUCGGCAUAGACCUGGGUGCUCUUGCAUUGUCUGUAUCCAGCCACCAAGUGGGAAGGGCAAACACAAACCCACAUGCACCUGCAAUGUGUGCAUGACAGUUAAACGUCGGUUUAAAACCCUGAUGAUGCGAAAGAAGAAGCGGCAAUCCGAACGUGAAGCAGAGAUUGCUCAGAGAAAUCAGUUAUCAUGGCGGACCAAAGAUGAAUCAGAAGUAGAUAGCACCUUACGACAUUUAACUCCAGUUGACAGAUUGGAGAAUGAGGUACGGGUGCAAAAUGAAUUGGAUUCAAGGAGUCAAAACCAUGCUGUGGCUGAAGCUGCCAAGGGACAAUUAGAUUUGAAUUGUCAACCUGAUCGAGAAGAUGUGCAAGCUUGGCCGAACAAUUUGAGCAUGACGAGUCUUCUUGAAGAAGCAAAUCUCCCGCUGGAAACCUACCUAAAGCGAAAUGGCCUUAGUAGCUUGAUAUCAGAGCAGCAAACAAAUUCAGCUUCAAAUGUGCAAGCACAGACAACCAAUGAUAGUGAGGGAAAACACAAUGAGGAUUGUGGAACCGCUUUGGUUAUUCAUGAGAGGGAAAGCAGUCCUGAAGAGAACAGUGGGCAAGACAGAGAGCAAAACAAUUCACUCUCAUGAAAUCUUGCCAGUUAUAUUAUAAUUUUUUUUUCCUUUUUUUUAACUCAAAAAUCAUUUUACAAGAAUCCUUGCAUAAAUUAUAAAAUUAUAGGAGGUUCAUUUGUAUGUCUAUAUUUUUUUUUCUUGUUAUUGUUGUCUGUGUCUUAUGGUUGUGAAAUUUCCCCCCAAAACUCAAUAACCUAUAUACGCCAAAGCGUGUGUUUUAGGGUUGUAAACUAGUGAGAGGCAAGGAGUUGAAGGAAAGCACACCACCUGGUUUUUUUUUCUUUGGUGUGUGUGUGUGGUGAGUCUGAAUAAGCAUUGUUUUUCUUCUUUUUUGUUAUAUGGAGAAAGGGAGAUUUCACCUAAUUUCGUUUCUUAGUGCGUGUGUUUAGUUUGAAAAGCCAUUAUUUGGCUUGCCUUUUUAAUAGGAAAAUGCUCUUUUGCAUGAAAAACAUUUCACUGAUGUUGUACAGAACUAAUGUGACUGGUUGAUGUAUGUAAUAGUUAUGUGAUUUCUUCAAAGCUACUUUAUAUUAUAUACU